AAUCACAUAAUCGACCCAUCGAUGCUGGAAAAAAAUACAAUCAUUUCACCAUAAUAUUACAAUUUAGAGUUUAAUUAAUAUAUAUUUUAAUUACUUGAUAUAAGAGGUCUUCACACUUUAGCGCAGAUAUGGUUCUUUUUGCUAUGAUAAGCCGAGUUAGUGAUGGUAUGCCUUUGUCAGCCUCUACAGACCUCGACUUGCAUUUCGAGAUCAAAGAAAGCAAAAGACAGGCGAAGAUCGUCGCUAAGAAAGCUAAUCAAUAUCCAAUAAAGUGUUGGACCUCUAGUGGAAGCCACAACAUUUAUUUUGUGAAAGCCGUAGGUGUAUGCUUCAUUACYGUCUGUGAGGCUGCGUACCCCACUGUUCUUGCAUAUUGUUUUUUGGAUGAAAUCCAAAGGGAAUUCAUGGUUGUUUAUCAGAGUCAAGAUGUACAAAGAGCUAAAAGACCUUAUUCAUUUAUUGAAUUUGAUUCAUUUAUUCAGAAAACUAAACAGAGAUAUAAUAAUACCAGAUCAUUAACAACAAGACUUAACCUCAGUGAGAUGAGUGAAGAGCUACAAAAUCAUCCUCCUCAUCAAAUUAGUCAAAUAGACCUCACAAGCUCUGUGGAUUUAGGUGUGGAUGUCAAAACAUACAAAACUGGAGGUCCACCCAACAAGCUACAGCCAAUCACAUGGGUGGGAAUGGUUAUAUGUGCACUUCUGGCACUAUGUGGACUUCUCAACUUUAUCAGAUGUCUACCGUUACUCAGUUCAGUUGGAGUGAAUGAUGAGUCUACAGAAAACCCAGCGCACACUGCAAUCUGCUUCUUUGUUGCUGGCAUCCUUAAUUGCUUUCAGUGCUAUCUCCUGAUUUUCAACAACAAGGGGAGAUUCAUAUUYUCAUGUACGGCAUCAUUCUUCCUUAUUAUAUUUGUCAUAUAUCUUAGAAACUUACGGAACAUCUGGCAGAUUCUAUUUCACGUUUGUGUAACUCUUGCAGCACUCUAUCAAAUAACAAGAAGACAACUACAGCAAAAACCACCAGACUAUAAUGUAUAAUUUAUUUUCAUUCAGAUAAAGUGUAAUAUAAAGUUUAAAUUAUAAACUGUCCAAUUUAAAUCGGAUUGUUUCAGUACAAGAAAAUAGUAGAUUUUUAUAAAAGUAUUUUACACCUAUAUACAUGUAUACUGUCUUGUAAGUCAUAGAUCUGCUGUUUAUAAAAUAGACCGAUCAAGGAACAAGACAUUUAUAAUGUAUCAAUAAAUCUCAGGCAUUUACAUUUAC